AAGGGUCUCAGAGAGUCUGAGGAAGUCUUUCUCACCCUGCACGAGGAUCAAAAACAGCACCAACAUCUUCAAGGAAGAAGGUCCAGGAACAAACAUGAGAAAUGACUCUUCCUCCACCUCUCAUUAAACUUACUGUAAGUUUCGAUUCACAUGAAGAGCCUGGAGGCGGACUGUGGGAGGAGUCUGUCUCACCUGGCAGUGACGCGAGAGCUAACGGAGAGUCUCGGGAUGAACACGGAGGAGACGCGCGUGGAGCUGCAGGAUGCGGGGAGCAGGGAUGCUGCGGAGGAGGAGGAUGCUGCGGGGGAGGAGGAUGCUGGAGCUCCCGCACAGGUCCCUGCUGAUGCUGACGCCACCGAGGCCGAUGUGAGUGAGGCAGACCUGGACCAGGAGGAGCAGGAGAAGCUGCCGAUGACCGGAGCAGGAGAAGCAGGAGGAGCAGGAGACCGGGGGGAGGAGGCUCCGUCUGCCGGCGGAGGGGCGGAGAAGAACGGCGCCGUGAAGCUGAAGAUCCCCGAGGAGGAAGAGGAGGAGAAGGAGGAGAGGGAGGAGGUGAAAUUCACCGGGCUGAACAAGGAGGAGCUGCUGAGGGUGGCCGGGACCCCGGGGUGGGUGCGGACCCGCUGGGCCCUGCUGGUGGUCUUCUGGCUCGGCUGGUUGGGGAUGUUGGGCGGUGCGGUCCUCAUCAUCCUGCGGGCCCCUCGCUGCAGAGACCUGCCCCCCACCAACUGGUGGAACGACGGCCCGCUGUACCAGAUCGGAAACGUCCAGGUCUUCAGCGACGCCGGCAACCUGAAGGGUGUGGAGCAGAGGGUCAGCAGUCUGUCAGACCUGAAGGUGAGGUCCCUGGUCUUGGGUCCGCUCCACGUCGCCCCUGCAGACGAGGCGAUCGGUCUGAGGUUCGAGGAGGUCUCUCCUGAGAACGGGAACCUGGAGCAGUUCAAAGGCCUGAUCCGGGCCGCCCACAAGAAGGAUAUUUCUGUGAUUCUGGAUCUGACCCCGAACUACCAGGGAUCAUCUGGACCCUGGUUCUCCAACACCAGUGUGACCAGCGUGGCUGAGAGGCUGAAGUCCGGUCUGGUCUUCUGGCUGGAUCAAGGCGUGGACGGCGUGCAGCUGUCGGGGGUGGAGCGUGUGGCUGCCAUGGUGCCGUCUCUGUGGACCGACAUCCGAGCCAUCAUCCAGAACAGGACGGGGGAGCGGAUCGACAAGAGAGUCCUGAUCGGCGUCACUGAGUGCUCCGCGGCUGAAGACGUCUCGGCGCUCCUCUCCUCCACCGGGGUCGACCUGCUGAUCUCCAGGGUCCUCCUCUCUGGCAGCGCGGACGCCACUGAGCGCGCUCAGUCUGUCCAGCUGCUGUCCUCAUCCCACAAUCAGAGCCAGCUGGCCUGGAACCUGGGGGGGCGGGACCAGGGUCACCUGGCGUCGCUGGUUGGCCCGGAUCAGGCCAGGCUGAACCUGCUGCUGCUGCUCACGCUGCCCGGGACCCCCAUGGUGAACUACGGGGACGAGAUCGGACUGACGGACGAGGACACCAAGUUUCCCAGAAUGCUUUGGGACUCUGACGAGAAGCUGAACGGGACUCAGCAGAAGGAGCGUGGCGAGCGUCUGACCUCCAGGAAGUUCUUCAAAACGCUGAGCGAGCUGCGAGGUAAAGAGCGCUCCCUGCUGUUCGGGGACUUCCUGCUCCUCUCUAACUCCUCCUCCUCGCUGGCGUACCUGCGUGUCUGGGAUCAAAGUCAGCGUUACGUGGCGGCGUUCAACUGGGCAGAGGAGGCGGCGGUGCUGCAGCUGAGCGGCGCCAUGCUGCCCCCGGGGGCGGAGGUCGUCCUCAGCACCAACAGCAGCGACCUGCCCGUUGAGAGCAGGGUGGACCUGAGGAACCUGAGGCUCGGCCCACGUCAGGCCGCACUCCUCAAGUUUCCCUACACCGGGUAGAGCUUGGAUCAAAGUCUCGUCUGUUCGCAGCUGAAAGGACGAGGACUGAAGGUCCCCUUAGACCGGAUCCACCUCAGACCUGCAGAUGAACCCUGGUCUGAUUGGAGCUCCAGUCUCAUCAUGAGCGUCCUGUGUUUAAAUGUUAAAGUGACCCUCGGUGUAAACGUGACCUCCAGCUGCUCUCUGUGUUAAUAAAGAGUCUCUGUGCUGA